UUAGUAUGCAUCCGCGCGUGGCAGAACCAGUCUGGUGAUCAACGACACCUGAUCUCUCACCAGUCUCGGUUUGCUGCCCAGUGAGCGUCUCUUGUGGCUUGUUGGCCCGUCGCCGGUUGAUGCCGUCCCCGAUACAGGGACCCUCAAACUUGGGGACUAAUAAAUGACCGCACAAUCUAACGGAGACCUUGUGGACUGUGGUAGACUGCUUCCGUUUUCUCCUGCUCACCACGCUCCCAUCGUCGAGCCGCUACAUUUCUUAGUUCGACUUGAACACGGUUACACCGCCUGCACAAGCCCAAUAUCAAGCAACAUCUGCCACAAUGUCUCUCACCGUGACCACCGAGUCUCAACGGGUGAUGCCUGCAGAGGAGAAAGGCAAGCAGAGCCAGGUGGCCGUCAACAUGGUCAUCCGCCAGGACCCGUUCUCCAUCACCCUCGACGCCUCUGCCCUCCUGGCCGUCUCGGUGCUGCUCAUCCUCGGCAUGCACUUCAUCGCGCGAUCCGUACUUGAGCUCCUGAUCAUCCUAGUCCCCGUAGCCCUCCUCGUCCACAACGACUACCUCAACUUCCUUAAGCUCGGCCCCGGCGGCACGCCCCCGACCCCGUGCGGCUACGCCACACUGACCUGGUACCGGCUCUUCACGCUCCGCGACCCCUUCACCCCGCCGCCACGGGAUCCGGCGCGACAACCAGCCGCCGGCAUGCUCGCCGACCUCCCCUACCGUCCAGGACCCCGACCCAGCGUCGCGGGCCUCGCGCCGCAGCGGCAGCUGAACCAGCACGGCUCGCCGCAGGCCUACGCGCGACUGCGCGGGGCGCUCGAGGCCCUCGGCGCGCGGCGGCCCGCGCAGUUCGUCACGGCGACGUCGUGUCUCGAGAAGCACGGGUUCGCGCUGUUCGCGCGGCGCCCGCGCAACGUGUGCGGCAACGGCGAGGUCUGCCACAUCCACACGCACUCGGACCGGUCGAUGCACCUGAACCUGCACCCGGACGACAUCCGCGAGGUGCUGGCCAAGGGCUGGGGCCAGCGCCACCCUCUCGCGUGGGGCAGCCGGAGCGCGCGCUGGUGGGGGUUCGCCGUCAAGAGCCCGCUGCCGACUACGUACGUGAUGGUCUACGCGCCGAGAGAUGAGAGCGAUCUGCGGAUUGUCUGCAAGAUCAUCGAGGCGGCGGUUUGGUAUACCGUUGCGGAGAAGGUUGAGAUUCAGCCUGCGUCGGAGUCGUGAUGCCGAGAAAGGAGCAGCGUGAAACCCAGUUGCCGAAAAGGAUUUGACAGAGCAACGAGUAAUCUGUUUCCGAUUGAGGUAUCCCCGGGGUUACUAGAUAGAAGAGUCUGCACCGAGGCUUGUUUGCUUGGGGCUAGAGGGGACUGAUCCUACCGAAGCUGGUGGCACCAUGCUCCCUUCGUUUACCAUCUAGCGGAGUAGAAAGUUACUCGUCCUCGCAAAGAGCACACAGAGAGUG